GUAUUUUAUGAGUGACUUGUUUUAAUAUUUCCAUGCAAAUGACCUCAAAUUCAAUGAAAUUAAGUCAUGUUACAAACUUUUCAGUAUAUAUUUAAGAAUUGUAUAUUUGUUUUACUUUGAAAUCGUUUGAAAAUAGUACUAAAUUAUGGUUAGAAGUGGGAGGGAUAGAGAUCGUGACCGUAGGCGUUCGCAUAGCCGAUCGGCAACUCCAGAUAGAAAGCGACGACGUUCUCGAUCUAGAAGUAGAGACAGAAGUUCUAAAUCUUCUAAAAGGAAGCGUAGUCGUAGUAGGGAACGUGACUCGAAGCGAGACCGUAGCAGAGACAGAGAUAGAGAUAGGGAUCGCAAAAGUGAUAAAAGAGAUGACAAAAGAAAUGGCUCUAGUAGCAAAUCUAGGAAAAAGUCACCUGAUAGAGAAAAAGAGAGGGAGAGAUCCAAAUCAAAAGAUAAAACCGUAAAAUCAGAAUCUUCUGAAUAUAAUCCUGGAACUGUGGAUAAGGAAGAAGAACAGAGUCGUUUAGAAGCUGAAAUGCAAAAACGGCGUGAUCGUAUUGAACGCUGGAGGGCAGAACGUAAACGCAAGGAAAUAGAAUCUGCUAAAAAAGAAGUGCAGAAAGGAAGUAUAGUCACUAAUAUUCAAGUGCCUGCAGCAAAGAAGUGGUCACUAGAAGAUGAUUCGGGCGAUGAAGGUGAAGAUGGUGAAUCAAAAGAGAAGCCAGUUGUGGAAGAGAAAAAGGAAGAAGAUGAAAUUGAUCCAUUAGAUGCGUAUAUGCAGGAAGUGCAACAGGAGGUGCGCAAAGUAAAUCAGAUGGACCAAUCUCGUGGUAUAAUAAGUGUACCAACAGCUGGAGGAACUGGGGUUAUGAUUUUAACUGGAACAGCUAAGAAAAAGGUAUCGGAACAAAAGAAUAAAGGUGAACUUAUUGAACAAAAUCAAGAUGGGCUGGAAUAUUCGUCAGAGGAAGAGACAGAGGACAUCAAAGAUGCUGCUGCAAACCUUGCAUCUAAACAACGAAAAGAGCUCGCCAAAGUUGAUCAUUCUAGCUUAGAUUAUAUGACAUUUAGGAAAGCAUUUUAUACAGAGGUAAGUGAAUUAGCAAGAAUGACUUCGGAAGAAGUUGAGGCAUACAGAACAGAACUUGAAGGGAUUAGAGUGAAGGGCAAAGGGUGUCCCAAACCAAUUAGAACAUGGGCCCAUUGUGGUAUCAGUAAGAAAGAGAUGGAUAUAUUAAAGAAAUUAGGCUUUGAAAAACCAACUCCGAUUCAGGCGCAGGCUAUCCCCGCUAUAAUGUCUGGAAGAGACUUAAUUGGUAUUGCAAAGACUGGUUCUGGUAAGACACUUGCGUUUAUUUUACCAAUGUUCCGUCAUGUUCUUGACCAACCCCCACUAGAAGAUACCGAUGGACCAAUAUCUCUUAUAAUGACACCUACAAGGGAACUGUGUAUGCAAAUCGGAAAGGACAUCAAGAAGUUUGCAAAGUCCCUAGGAUUAAGAGUCGUUUGUGUAUAUGGAGGCACUGGAAUAUCAGAACAAAUCGCGGAAUUAAAACGUGGUGCUGAAAUGAUAGUAUGCACUCCGGGUCGUAUGAUCGACAUGUUGGCCGCCAACUCCGGGCGGGUCACCAACCUGCGGAGAGUCACAUACAUCGUGCUGGACGAAGCCGACAGGAUGUUCGACAUGGGCUUCGAGCCGCAGGUGAUGAAGAUAAUCGACAAUGUGCGACCCGACCGGCAGACGGUGAUGUUCAGCGCGACCUUCCCGCGACAAAUGGAGGCGCUCGCUCGGCGAAUCUUGCAGAAACCUAUUGAAGUUCAGGUGGGUGGACGCAGUGUUGUAUGCAAAGAAGUAGAACAGCAUGUGGCCAUACUGGAAGAUGAAGCUAAGUUUUUCAAACUAUUGGAACUACUGGGACUCUACAGUCAGAUGGGCAGUAUCAUUGUAUUUGUGGACAAGCAAGAGAAUGCCGACAGUCUUCUAAAGGAUCUCAUGAAGGCGUCUUAUUCUUGCAUGAGCUUGCACGGAGGUAUUGAUCAAUUCGACAGGGACUCGACGAUCGUGGACUUCAAGUCGGGCAAGGUGAAGCUGCUGGUGGCCACCAGCGUGGCGGCGCGCGGGCUCGACGUCAAGCAGCUCGUGCUCGUCGUCAACUACGACUGCCCCAACCACUACGAGGACUACGUGCAUCGUUGCGGCCGGACGGGCCGCGCCGGCAACAAGGGCUACGCGUGGACGUUCCUGACGCCGGAGCAGGGCCGGUACGCGGGCGACGUGCUGCGCGCCUUCGAGCUGGCCGGCACCGCCGCGCCGCCCGAGCUGCGCCAGCUGUGGGACACGUACAAGGAGGCGCAGGAGAAGGAGGGGAAGAAGGUGCACACCGGCGGCGGCUUCAGCGGGAAAGGUUUUAAAUUCGACGAAUCGGAAGCUCAAGCUGCUACAGAGAGGAAGAAAUAUCAGAAAGCGGCCCUCGGUCUUCAAGAUUCUGAUGAUGAGGAUGUGGAAGGUGACCUCGACCAGCAGAUCGAAACGAUGCUCGCUGCGAAGAAAAUUAUCAAGGAGAUAAAGCCGGGCGCGGGGCCGGCGGGCGCGCCGGCGGCGGCGGACGGCAAGCUGGAGCUGGCGCGGCGGCUGGCGUCGCGCAUCAACCUGGCCAAGGGGCUGGGCGUGGAGCACAAGGGCGCCACGCAGCAGGCCGCCGAGGCCAUCCUCAAGGGCGCGCCCUCCGCGCACACGCUCAUCACCGCUAAAACUGUAGCGGAGCAACUUGCCGCGAAACUAAACACGCGAUUGAACUAUCAGCCGCGUGACGAGAGCUCGUCGGAGCCCGCCGAAGAGGUGUUCCGUAAAUAUGAGACCGAAUUGGAGAUCAACGAUUUCCCGCAGCAGGCUCGUUGGCGGGUCACGAGCAAGGAGGCGUUAGCGUUAAUCAGUGAAUAUUCAGAAGCGGGUAUCACGGUCCGUGGUACUUAUGUACCGCCCGGGAAGGCACCACCAGAAGGCGAGAGAAAAUUAUAUUUGGCCAUCGAGAGUUCCCAGGAGUUAGCCGUCGCCAAAGCGAAGUCUGAAAUUACUCGUCUCAUUAAGGAAGAACUCCUCAAACUGCAGACUUCAGCCCAUCAUAUGAUUAACAAAGCUAGAUAUAAGGUCCUUUAACGGAUUGUAUGCAAAUAUAGUUUGACGUAUCUUUCUAAAAA